UGUAGCCGAAAGGCGUUGGAGUUUUUGAACUUAAUAUCUAAAUAUACAUACUAUCGGCAUCUAGUCAUAGUUGAUUAAGGCCUCAAUUAAUUAGCCUCAAAGGAGCCAAAUUGCUUUAUUAGACUUUUAAUUAAGAGAAAAUGUCCCAAAGCAGCUCUGAACAUCUGGACAGCAUAUGAAGCCAAUGCUCUCUGUAGGGCAUCAGACUUGUCAUGAAAGCUGUGUCAUAAAAAAUAGACAAAGCGAUUUGCUUCAGUAUCUCAAAGACCCUUAACACCCUUAUGUUCUUGUGUCCCAAGGAUGCCAUUGAUAUCAGAUUUUUUUUCUACGCCCGCUAUUGAGUACUACUUGAGGAAGGAGGCGAAUGAUAUGAAAUACACAGCUGAGAUGGUAAAGGAGGCCUUGCAGGAGGCUUAUCAUGCUCAGAGUUCAGUAACCGAGGCACUGAAACAGGCCACUGCUGACAUCAAGGGAACGCAACACUUGCUGGUCUCGGUAGUGUCUCGGUUACAAGUCAUUUGUUCCAAGGGGAUGAUUUUAGGCUUGUUUUCAACAUUAUCAAUAUGGCUCCUGAAAUUACAAAGCGAUGUAGCUCUAGUGAAAGAAAAGGCUAUCAACACCUCCACCAGUGCCAUCAACACAGAGAAAGAGGCUGAUAGCAUCCAUCCACUGGCUGACCAGCUCAAAAAGAUCUUGAGAAGGGUUAUGAUGAAUAUCAGAAGCUGCUGGAGGACAAGUCAAAUGAGCUGGUGGAUCUGGAGAAGGCUGUGAAAGAACUGCUUCAGGAGAUCAGUCACAAAGUCACCGUCUACAGCAUCUGUCUGUUUUAACACUACUACAGACUGCAUUAGGAAAAUAUAUUAAAUUACCUUCUGUGUUGAA